UGUGCGCGUGUGUAGAUGGCUCAUCUCAGCCACAUCACUAGAAACACUGCAGCAUCCGCGCGAUUAUUCUCGCACACAUCGACGGCAGUACUGUCGGAUCUCCCCGUGUUUCUCCUGUCGCUCUCUGGGUCGUGGAUCGGUGUCGGUGUAUUGGAUCGCAGCUGCUCAGUGAGAUGCUGCAGCUCUGACCGUCUGGGAUCCGCCCCCUCGCUCACACUCUCGCUGUCGCCAUGACGACCUCGGCCCUGCGGCGGCAGGUGAAGAACCUCGUGCACAACUACUCAGACGCGGAGAUCAAGGUGCGCGAGGCGACCUCUAAUGACCCCUGGGGCCCGUCCAGCUCGCUGAUGUCCGAGAUCGCCGAGCUGACCUUCAGCGUGGUGGCCUUCAGCGAGGUCAUGGCCAUGGUGUGGAAGCGCCUCAACGACCACGGCAAGAACUGGAGACACGUCUACAAGGCGCUGACGCUGCUGGACUAUCUGGCUAAGAUGGGCUCGGAGCGCGUGGCCCAGCAGUGCCGCGAGAACGCCUUCACCAUCCAGACGCUGCGGGACUUCCAGUAUGUGGACCGGGAUGGGCGUGACCAGGGCGUGAACGUGCGCGAGAAAGCCAAGCAGCUGGUGGCUCUGCUGCGGGACGAGGAGCGUCUGAGGCAGGAGCGGGCGCAGGCACUCAAGACCAAAGAGAGGAUGAUGGCUUACCCCAGCAGACGCAGCAGCCAGCCCAGCAUGAACGCUCUGUACGGAGAGGAUUCCAGAGGAUCGCCCACCUCCUUCAACUGUAACACUCUCAUUCAUAUUACUACUAACCCAGAACUGAUGAGCUUUCACUUUCAGGUUGUGUUUAUCCAGCAUUUGCAGGCUGUCAACCCAUCGGUAUUUCUCCUGCAGUGUUGUCUGUGGAUGUCCUGUGAAUGUCACGGAGCUUAUGAACCUCCUGCUCUUUUCAUCCUAAUUAAUCCUUGCACUAACGAACAGCAUCGGCUUCAGCUUCUGGUGCUGAGCUUGUUUUGUCUCCUGAAGGAGCAGUGCAGCCAUCAGGGGGACGACGCUCCUCUGCAGGAGACUCUGGAGGAGAGUAAGGGCGAGCGAGACCCGCGGCCUUCAGAGUCGGUCAUGAUCGAUCUGGUGGAUAUAUUCGGUCCCACGCCUGCCGCGCAGGUCAGCGACGACCCCUGGGACGCCCCGCCCACCUGCUCCGUGAACUCUGACCCCUGGGAGUCUGUCGCUGUAGUUAAGUCUAGUAACCCGGUGGCUGAUAGUCCCUGGACGGCCCGCUCUUCCUCCAGUAGCCCCGCCCACCCAUGGGGAACCCACCAAUCACCUCCUGACCCCUGGGAUGCCCUGCCUUCAAACUCCACCUCUAACAUAGAUGAAAAAGCCUGGAGGAGCCCAGCGCGACCAGUGUCGAGUGUGAAGGACCCAUUUACUAUUCCAGAGGAGGAGGAGCUUAGAGUGGAGGGGGAGGAGCCUAUAGUGGAGCAGGCGGAGCCAAACCGAGUGUUCAGUCCUCGCUGUGAGAGUCCUGCAGAUGCUGAUCAGUUCGGCGAGUUGGUGGUGGGUGUUCAAGUGAACGGACGGGGGAAUGACAGUCCAGAGACCUUUGACCUCUCUCGUCUUGGGCCUCCUCUGGACGCAGUGAGCCCUAGACAGUGCCGGACCCCUGAGGCGUUCCUCGACCCCACUGCUGCCUCCCUCGUCAACCUGGACACGCUCAUUCCCACCAACCCACCGGUCAAGAGCAAAAACCCCUUCCUGUCAGGUCUGAGCACACCAUCUCCCACAAACCCCUUCCACUGUGAGCAGCCCAGACUGACUCUGAAUCAGAUGCGUCCUCACUCCACGUCGCCGCUGCCGGCUCACGCUCUGUCCUACAGUGCCUCCCUCCCUCUGCCUGUCCUGCAGCAGAACCCCCAGACUCUGCCCUCGUCCUUCACACAGCCGCCCCACGGCCUGCUGGACCUGCCCAGCAACCUGCCGCAGCCACUGCUGCCCCUCACACCCUCCACCCGACAAACACAGCACCCCGGCCAAAGCCACAACCCCUUCCUCUGAGGAACCGCAGUUUCCUCUGAAACUGGAUUGCAGCAAUUCGGUUUCAGUGUGAACUG